GUUUGAACAAUGGGGUCACGCAUCCUUUAGCUGCGAGGUCAGGUAUAAAAGCCACAGGGAGCCAUGGAGAAAAGUGUGCAGUCAAUUUGAGCCAAAACAACUGUAACUGCAGCCAUGACCAUGGGCAAGAUCAUCUUCUACGAGGACAGGAACUUCCAGGGCCGCUCCUAUGAGACCAGCAGCGACUGCUCCGACAUGUCCUCCUACCUGAGCAGGUGUCACUCCUGCAGGGUGGAGAGCGGCUGCUUCAUGGUCUACGACCGGCCCAACUUCAUGGGCAACCAGUACUUUGUCAGGAGGGGCGAGUACGCCGACUACCAGCGCAUGGGCAUGAGCGACUGCAUCAGGUCCUGCAGGACGAUCCCCAUGCACCGGGGUCAGUUCAGGAUGAGGAUCUACGAGAGGGAGAACUUCGGAGGUCAGAUGUACGAGCUGAUGGACGACUGCGACAACAUCAUGGACCGCUACCGCAUGUCCGACUGCAUGUCCUGCCACGUGAUGGACGGACACUGGCUGAUGUACGAGCAGCCCCACUACAGAGGCAGGAUGAUGUACCUGAGGCCCGGGGAGUACAGGAGCUUCAGGGAGAUGGGCAUGAGCGGCAUGAGGUUCAUGAGCAUGAGGCGCAUCAUGGACUCCUGCUAUUAGAAAAAUAAGAAUAAAUAAAAUCCAUGAUUCUCCUUUA